AUGGCGGAUUACCAGGAAGAGGAUCUCUUCGAUGAUCUCUACGACGACGAGCCUGCAUCGAAGCCGACCCCGGCAGCAGCAGCACCACCACCACCACCACCACCACCGGCCGAGCCAGAGCCAAAGACGGAGCCUCAGAGUGCUCCGCCACAGGAAACGACGCAGGACGCUGCGCCUUCAUGGCCAGAGUCUGCUGUCGGUGGCAAUGACACAAACAUGGACGCAUCUGCCUACGACAACGCCCAGAACGACGACGACAACUACGGCCCCAUCAACGUAAAGGAAGACGGGUAA